AUGCAAGCGGGUUUAAUUAUAAUCCAAGAAAGGCAGAAUACAAAUUUGCACCUUUUAGUUGCCAAGAUCAAUUAACACCCGUCCCCCAAAGUCAAAGUUUACCACGGGCAAGAUUGGACAUGAGAACUGCUUCGUAAAGUGAGUUCAUGCGCAAUGCCGCCACUACAUCACCAAAGUGAUUUUGCACAAACGUUCGCAGGCAGACUUCUCUUAAGUGCGCUCGUGAGUGUGUUGAGCGUCGGACGCAUGUCCCAGUUUUGGCACUGAGGCGAGUGUGUAGGAACCAAGCGCGUCCUCCUCUCUCUCCUCUAACCUCCUCACAGCGAGACGCACGAUUCCACAGGAUGCUUCACCAUAUGCUUCUCUUAACCACUGAGUUUGGGGUUUGGAUGUAGGCGAUCAAUCGGGCGCAGAGCGAGUUCUGGAUUUGGAACCUUCGCUGGCACGGAUUUGCGGGUGAUGGUGAAGCGCGUCUUGCGCGCUGCCGCACGUUUCCUCGAUCUUUCCUCGGGACGUUUGGCGAAGGGAAAUGUGAAGAAGGCUUAAAGAAUGGCAUGUAAACAUGGUUUCUGCCAAGAAGGAGAUGGUGACUGCGAUGUACCCCACUUCUAUUUCCACUCUCCUCUACUUUCUCUGUGUGGCGGCUUGCAUAAAGAGAAUAUCUGGACAGAUCAGAAAGGAUGAGAAAUUAUAUCCGGAAAAUUUCACACGCAUUCUGGACCGACUUCUGGAUGGAUACGACAACAGACUCCGACCUGGAUUUGGGGGUCCAGUGACGGAAGUGAAGACUGAUAUUUACGUCACAAGUUUUGGCCCAGUUUCCGACGUAGAGAUGGAGUACACCAUGGACGUGUUCUUCCGCCAGACGUGGGUGGAUAGGCGGUUGAAGUAUGAAGGCCCGGUGGAGAUCCUCCGGCUAAAUAACCUGAUGGUAACCAAAGUCUGGACCCCUGACACGUUCUUUAGGAAUGGCAAAAGAUCUGUGGCUCACAACAUGACAGCACCCAACAGACUCUUCCGAAUCAUGAAGAACGGCACCAUCCUGUACACUAUGAGGUUGACAAUCAUUGCAGAAUGUCCAAUGAAACUCGUCGAUUUCCCCAUGGAUGGUCACUCCUGCCCUCUGAAGUUCGGCAGCUAUGCCUACCCAAAGACUGAGAUGAUCUACACCUGGACUAAAGGACCGCAGCAUUCUGUGGAGGUCCCACCUGAGUCGUCCAGCCUGGUACAGUACGACCUGAUCGGACAGACUGUGUCGAGCGAGACUGUAAAGUCCAUCACCGGUGAAUAUGUAGUAAUGACGGUCUACUUCCACUUGAAACGGAAAAUGGGCUACUUCAUGAUUCAGACGUACAUCCCCUGCAUCAUGACUGUAAUCCUUUCUCAAGUGUCUUUCUGGAUAAAUAAGGAAUCCGUGCCCGCCAGAACUGUCUUUGGAAUCACCACUGUUCUCACGAUGACGACCCUCAGCAUCAGCGCUCGGCACUCUCUGCCCAAGGUCUCGUACGCCACUGCCAUGGAUUGGUUCAUCGCCGUGUGUUUUGCUUUCGUCUUCUCUGCUCUCAUCGAGUUUGCGGCUGUGAACUACUUCACCAACGUUCAAGCAGAGAGAGCCAAGAGAAAACAGGCCAAAGCCGCUGCUGCCGCAGCCACUGCCAGGAGCUCCACCCCGUCAGGCAAAGCUAAAGACACAGAGGAGGUUCUACAGCAAAACUCGGACACCAAUGGAAACUUACGAAAACGCAUCAACUCCAAUGCCCAGUCUCAACCAGACUCCAAGAAAACCCAAAGAACCGAAACAUCUAGCAAGAGCGGUGCAUCAGCUGCAUCCAAACCAACCUUGACCAGCCAAUCAUCUUCCACCUCAGAGGGUACCAGCAGUUUCUCCAGCCAAUCACGUCUCAGCCCCAGUUCCGCCAGCCAGUCAAAUGCAGCCGCUUCAUCCUCUGCCGCAAAGACAACACCGCCGGCCCCACCCUCUACACCAACAGUUCCCGAGAAACCGUCGCCCAGCGCAUCCACAGGCUCCGCCCCUCUUCACCAUCUCCUCGGGCCUAAAUUAGAGAAUAUUAAAAAGAAGGAAGCCAAGGUUGCACCUCAACCUGCCGCUCCUCCAACCGGAGGUGCCAGCAAGAUCGACGAAUACGCACGUAUUUUAUUCCCAGUGUCCUUUGGGGCAUUCAACAUGGUGUACUGGGUGGUUUACUUAUCCAAAGACACCAUGGAGGCAAAGGGAGGUUAACAAGAACAGGAUUGGUUGUUUGCACCCUUUUUUCUACAACUCAAAUGAAAUAAAGAGCCCUCUUAAGGAUUACGUCAACAAGCAGUUCCAAGAAACGAAAUUACAUUACAGCAGACAAAACUGCACAAGCACACAGAAGAGAUUAUCUGGGUGAAAUAAUAUUAAAACUUUUUUUUGUUGGGAAUCAAAAGGGCCGUACACAAGAUUAAGCAUGUGGAUAUAUUAUAAUAAGUCAAAAUAAUUCAAUUUAAAAACAAUCCAAGCAAUCUCACAGGAAUGAAUCAUAGAUUUAUCUGUUGUCUGUUUGAAUAGCCAUAUUUCCAGUCUUUGUCCUAUUUAUCACCGGACACACUGAAGAAGGAACAAUGCCACUGAAUAGAAAAACCAAUAUUAGGGUUGUUUAGUCUAUUUUUAUAUAGAGACACUUCCGGAAAAUAUCCUUCAUUCGGAGAAGUGGAAUUUUCAGAAACCUGACAGAUCUUAACUGACCUUGCCGAUGUCUGCUAAGAAGACGUAUUUCUGACAUAUUUCUUUCAGUUGUGAUGAAAUCUAUUUUAAACCACAUCAUGGUGUAUGUAAACUAUCAGGCAUGAAUGGUAUCUAUCCUGUGUUCUCUCGCCGAGAGAAAAUGAUGGAACGGAGCACGUCCUGAUCGGUGAAAAACACAUGCAUGUCUUUUAUUUUUUAAACAGACUAUAAGAAUUUCAGUCGUUACAAAUUAAGUCGUUAAAGCACAAAUUAUGAUUUGCUCUCUUUGUUUUUGAAGUUGAAUGGCUUGUUUUUAGUUCAGUUCGAUUUGGGUUUCAUUUUCAUUAUUGCAGUAUUUUUUGUCUUAUAGCUGAUAUGUUCUCUGCUAUAAAGAAGGAAGUGUGACACGGGGAAGGAGUUUUACCAUACGAAGCACACAGCAUGUGCUAUCGGGCCCCCUGGAGCCUGGUGCCGUGGGAACCGCACAGGGGCCAGAUGGUUCAGGAGUCAUUUAGAACAGUAAGAGGGUUAAACUGACUGAUGUUGUCAGACAAGAGCCAGAGGACGAUGAAAACCUCCACCGAUCCACAUAGGGCUGUUUUUGUAUUUGUAAAUUGGAUAUAAAUAGUGAUUGGUUGAGGUCUUCAUUAUCCACCAGUCAUUAGUUUCCACAAAAAAAAAAAAAAAAAAAAAAAAAAGGUAACGGUAUAGAUCACUCAAAAAUUGUUCCAUGGAACAAGAAAAUAACCUUUUUAGUAGAAUGUUUGAUGUCUAAGUUCAAAAAAAAAAAAAAAAAACACCAUUAAAGUAGCCCAAAUGACUUAAUAAAGUCAUAUGAUAACUUUGUAUGAGUUGUCAUUUUUUUGUAUUGCCAUUUUUUAAAAGAUGAAUGGGUAUAAGAUAUUCAUCAACAAAUAAUUUAAAUGUUGGCUUGUUUAACACACAAAGCUAUUGUAUGCUUUUAGGAGACAGCAUAUAGUACAUGAAAAAGUCAUAUGGGCUAUUUUAGCUUUUUUUUUUUUUUUUGAGCUUGACAGCUCUUAAAACUAAGGGUGCGAAAAAGGGGUUUUCUCAGCGAUGUCACAGAAGAACCAUAUUUGCAUCCCCAAAGAACCAGUGAAAGUGUAUCAAAAGAAAAAAUAUUUAGUGUGACAAAGCUUUUAAUAUUCAAAAUUUUUGCACUAUAAAUACCCUUUGGUGCAUUGGAAAGGUUCCUUGGAUGUUAAAUGUUCUUCAUAGAACCAUAGAUCCCAACAAAGAACCUUUAUUAUUUAGGAUGGCCACCUUUUGUUUUGUUUUUUUGUUUUUUCUUUUUACUGAAAAGAUGACAAAAAAAAAU